AUGGCGAAAGAAAUUGGAGUCCGCCGGAUUCAGUGCUUUGGUGAUUCCGACCUGGUCGUCCAACAAGUUUCUGGUUAUUGGGAUGCAUUGGAUGCCAACAUGGCAUUAUACCGUUUCCAUGUCCAGAAGAUCAGUAGCCAUUUUGAAGGGUGUGAAUUUCAUCAUAUACCUCGGGCGGAAAAUGAAGCAGCCGACACAUUGUCGAAACUUGGCUCGACACGACAGGCUAUUCCAACUGGGGAGGUGAUAGAGCAUUUACGCAAACCGUCCAUGAAACCCUCACCAGAAUCAGAGUCGAUAUUUAUCCCGGCGAGCUCAGAAGCCGACGUCACUCCCAUGGACAUUGACAAUGGCAAUGGUUCCGUUGAGCCAAUGGAGAUAGACGAGCCGGAUGAGCCAAUCUUCACCACUCGUCUUGUGUCGGUUUGGGUGCAACCGAUAAUGUCUUACCUCAAAGAUGGGAGUCUCCCGGAAGAGGAACUGUCGGCAAGACAAAUCCAGAGAAGAGCAAAAGCGUACACCAUCAUCAAUGACGAGCUUUACAAGAGGAGCGUCACUAACGUCCUACAGCGGUGCGUCGAGCCGGAGGAAGGACAAGAAAUACUUCGGGAUAUUCAUCAAGGAGAACGCAAGUGGGCAAAGAUUUCCGACAUGGUUUUUACUAGCCAAGUGCACUACAAGAAGCAGAAGACAUAG